AUGUCAGCAAGAGAAGGCUCAGACCAACACCACGCCAUCCAAAUCGAUGGCUCAGACUCAGAUAUCGACUCCGACGGCGGCAUCCCGCUAGGAGAAGACAGCGAAAUGCAACUGGAUUCUCCCGAAGGCUCACCACCCGGGGGCUCACCAGGCUCACUCCUCCAACUUGCAGGUGGGGAGAUCGAUUUCAUAGACUAUGGUGCCGAGGGCAUGGGUGAUGGUUCCGAUUUUCUCUCCACAGCACCUCAUCCUAAUACCCGUCCUGUGCAGUCUAGGGCGCAGCCUGGAGACUCUGAUCCGGUGCGUCAUCGGGCUAGAACGCGGACGAGGGAGGAGGAGCAUGCUGCGCUCUGUGUAUCGGAUGAUUGGGAGUUGAUGGUUACGCAUGCGCUGAAUUCUCGGCGGACAAUCCCCCAAACGAGACGUCGCUUUCUGGCCAAGAUGCUUGCGCCGGGUAAUCCCAGCUUGGAAGAGGAAUUGUAUGGCGGCCGGUUCGUGUUUCCCGAAACGACGCCUGGAAAGAUCCCGCCAAUGGUUGUGCCGGGUCGUAAGGGGACGAAGCAUGUUACGACAGGUCUGGGAAGUGGAUCUGCUUGGUUGAUGCCGGCGAAGUGGAAGGAGGUUGUUAGUCAUGAUGAGGGAUCAUGGUGGCCUGAGGGGAGGAUGAAGAAUGUUGGUUCUGGCGGGAGUGGGAGUGGAACUGGGACUGGGAGAAAAAGGAAGAGUUAUGUUGGGGAGAGUCGGUCUGAGCCUAGGUCGGCUUCUGGGUCUGGGGACUCGAGGGUUGUUUCGCGGGGGCAAUCGAGGACGGGAUCGAGGGGGUUUGAGUAG